AUGCCGAACGCUCAAUCAUCAUCCUGCUCUUCUCCGGCGCAGCCUCCAAGCUAUCCCAUUGAAAACUCACUGACCUCCUUGCUUGGAACAGCAAUUGCUUCUUCACAGCAAGACGCCUCUCAACUGAGGCUGCCAACUUUCCAGAACAACAACAACAACAACAGAAGCAGCCAAGACCUUUCUGAAGUACUGGGUCAAGUUCUGGAGAUCAUGGGCAGUGACUUUCCUCUUUCGAUGGAUGAGAUGGACGGUUUCUUCGACAAGCGAGUUGCUUCUUCUCCUCAUGCAGGAGCGAAACAGUAA